AUGUCACUUCUCACUGACGCCGAUUGCGAGAGGAUUUCAGCACGGCUGAUAGAACGUUCGACAAGCGGCUACCACAACAACGACGGCUCUUUCCGUACGGACAAUCCAGAUGUCGAGGAAGAUUGCCAGCUUCUCAUGCUCCAGUUACUCCCCAACCCGGACAAUCUACGGAGAUUUCGAGACUGGAGCCAAAAGCAGUGCAAUCUCAGUCGACAACUCCCUGAACCUGCAAGCGCCGCCGACCUCAUCAAGACCAUUGAAAAGACAAACUUUCUCUCCGAGGACUCCCGUACGACUCUUUGUGACAUGCUGAGUACCGAGCUACGCUCAUACGUCGGCCUGGGAACGCAUCUCAACUAUCACUAUUGUCUGAGGACGGAUCUCUUACAGCUAGUCCCCGAAGAUUACGACAUCGACGAGAUGGACGCGCGCGACAUCCUACCUGGAUCUAUACUCGGUAUCAACCUGACCAAGACAAGCCCUCAGAGUAACAACCGGCGCAAGAAUAACGAUUCAGACGAAUCCGCUUCCAGCAAUUCAUCCACUGGCAAUGAUGAUACCGGUUUCACGUUUAUGCAGCUGGGCAGGGUUGAUUACCUCUCACACGAGUCGAGAGAGACCUACAACAAAUUGUCCCACAACCCUGUACAGAUGCCCUGGAGCGAUUCCGGUUUUGUCCUCGUCGUGGCUAUCGAACGGGACGGAACGCCUGGCGCGCCAUGGCUGAUCUUCAAUUUCAAGCCUGAAUCUGAGAUCGAAGGCGACAGGGUCCGUAUCCCGCGAACAGGUAGAUUCUGGGGAACUCUUCUAGGAGACAAAACUCAGCGUUUGGCUGUGAAGCUUGGAGAUAAAAUGAGCGAUCUCGAGGACAAGAAGCCGUGGUGUAUGACAACGCAGUUCGGGACGGAAUCCGAGGCCCAGAUCGUCGCCGCGGUUUUCUCCAAGCUAACUUCCAUCACGGGCGAGAUACUUCGGCAGAAGAUCCCCGACGUCAGUCGCAGUGGUUAG